AUGAUUAAAGGUUUCCGCCAGUCCUUCAAGGGCAAUAAGCGCACCUCCGCUAGUAGCACUUCAUCCAGUCACCCCCAUUCUUCCGUCAUAGGAGGUGGUGGCUCCCCAGGCUCUUCAUCAUCCACGGCAUCAUCACCAUCUUCUCACGCAAAUUUCUUUGCCACAGAACCUCCCAAGAAAAUUAUACGAGCCCUUUAUGACUACCGCGCCCAGGGCCCCGGUGAAGUUGGAUUUCAAAAGGGCGACUUUCUCUACGUUAUAGGCAAUGAAAACAACACUGACUGGUAUGAAGCGUCAGACCCUCCAGCUAAAAAACGAGGCAUGGUACCUGUCUCUUACUUCGAGGUUGUGUCCCGUAAAGACACCAUUCCCACAGUCCCACUGAACUCUCCAGCAGCAGCGGCACUAGCGGCUGCUUCUAGUGCGGCCGCGGUUCGAGACGAUUACGACACCGCCAAUAGCAACCGUUCAUCGGCUAACUCGUUGGGUCUUCGUAAUAAGACAUCAGAAACAAGCAAUACAGGAGACUCUGUUGGAUCUCUGAUACCCCCAUCGCCACGUCACAGCUCUGCAUCGACUGCGACAGGAUCCCACAUGCAUAACACUACCCCAAAUAGCACCACUAGUACCCUAGGCAAGACUGGAACUGCCGCCACCUCUACAAAUAGUUCCGCUUCCACAACUCAACAAAGCUCGGCUCGGUCAUCUCAGAAAUCCGGGCACUCUUUGUACGGAGUUGUACUUUACGAUUUUAAGGCAGAGCGCGAAGAUGAGCUUCAAGCAAGUGCUGGAGAGUCUAUAAUUAUUAUUGCGAGAUCAAAUGACGAGUGGUUUGUUGCAAAGCCUAUUGGUCGUCUUGGAGGACCCGGCCUCAUUCCCAUUUCCUUUAUUGAGGUACGUGACGUAGGCACUAACCAGCCAGUUGAUGAUGUUGACGAGGCGAUUCGUCGUGCAAAUGUUCCCAAAGUUGAGGAAUGGAAACGUAUGGCUGCCAAAUACAAGGCCAGUUCUAUACCUCUGGGAAAGUCUGAGGACCCAUCUCAUAACUCGCACAACUCAUCAUCAGUUAUUCAACAGCUUCGCAAUCUUCAUCUAUCGAAUGGAAGUCAACACACAAAUGCGUAUGAUCAUUACCAUCAUCAGCAGCAACAGCAGCAGCAACAGCAACAGCAGCAGCAACAACAACAACAACAGUCUCAAUCACAGCAACAGUUUCAACCACAUCAAUCAGACUAUUUUAACCAUCAACAACAACAACAGCCACUGCAACAACAGCCACUGCAGCAACAACAGCAGCAACAGCAACAGCAACAGCAACAGCAACAGCAACAGCAACAGCAACAGCAACAGCAACAGCAACAGCAACAGCAGCAGCAGCAACAACAACAACAACAACAACAACAACAACAACAACAACAACAACAACAACAACAACAACAACAACAUCUUACACAUCAGCAAAAGCAGUAUUAUACACAGCAAUCUCCACAGAGCCUUCAGUAUGAUGACCAGAAUCCCCUGGUUGUAGCUGCGUCUGUUGAGAAAUUUGCCUAUGCCGACGACCGGUACUGGUACCUUGUCGUGGCUGUGCUUUCCAACGGUCGUUAUCGGUACCUAUGCCGAUACUACCAGGAUUUUUAUGAUUUCCAGGUUGCUCUGCUUCAGGAGUUUCCUGCUGAAGCUGGACGCACCGGGAAAAUGCGUACUUUGCCCUUUAUGCCCGGGCCGUUGACCUACGUCAACGAUUCCAUUUCGUCGCAGCGCCGCGCCAACUUGGACGAGUAUGUGCGCAAUCUGAUUGAUAUGCCGGCAUACAUUUCACAGAGCCCAAUUGUGCAGCAGCUUUUUGCUGUGCGCACGGUAGAUAUUGAAACAACUAGCUCGACCCCGGUGAUGCCUCAGCCCCAAACUCGCUCGACAGCCUCACCAUCGCCAACGCCUCAGCAAAAGGCUGGAUCACCUGAAGCUACUGGCUAUCAGGAUAAAUAUGCGGAGCCAUCACCUACAAAGGAUACGCAUGCCCAGGGUGAAGAAAAAAUGGUUGAGCGGUCAAUCAGUGGCGGUAAUGCUGAGUCUAUGACUGAAGAUAUCAAUCGUUCUUUGGAGGUUGCGGAAAAUCCUAACACUAUUAUGAGUGGCAGUAAUAACAGCAAUAAUAGAUUAGAUUUUAACGAGCUGCAUCAUGGAGAAAGUGACAACCUGGCCAGUGCCGGAGCGUAUGACGAUGGAGAUGAUGCUAUAAACUCUAUGGAUGAGACUUUGUUUGCGAGAUCGCAUUCUCCGAUAGGAGACGGUGCCACGAUGGUUCCUCCUGCGUCUCUGGCCACGCUCGCCACCCCGAUGACGUCCACUGCCUCGACUACAUCGACGCUGCCAUCUGUGCAAGACGGGAGUCACAUUAAAAUCAAAGUGUUUCAUGAGGAUGAUUUGAUUGCGAUUCGUGUACCCGCGACCAUUUCGUUUGACCAGUUAUCAGCUAAGAUUGCGGAGCGUUUGGGUCUGCACGCGGAUCAAAUGGUGUUAUUGUAUAAGCAAGAGGAUGGCGAGAUGAUGGAGGUUCGCAACGCAGAAGAUUUUGCACUAGCCUUGGGAAAUAAGGUCAAAUUGAUUUUGUGUGCAAGGUGA